CUUGUCCCAGAUUCGGGCCUCGUUGACGGUUGUUGAACAAUGAUAACACAAAGGAUGUUUUGUCCCUCAGGCGGACUUGAAUCCGAUUACUUACAAGCAGUCUAAGAAGUAGGAACCUGCCCUCGUUCUGAAACACCCUAUGGCAUUUUAACCAGAUAUAUUUUUUUCAAUUAUCACUUCGAAUAACGAAGAAGUGCAGCUCGUCAUUUCUUGGCUCUCUGAGGACAUCGCUUAUUCUUGCAUUCAUACGACGCCAUGGUCAGACAGAGACGCGAACGACACCAGUCCGGACGAAGAAAGGAAUCACUAAAGACUCUGACGGAGCCGGCCAUCUUUGCCAGAGAGACCAGUUGUGAUUGCCGCGCCCCACAUGAGAAACUCACCAUCGCUCAAGCUGCCCGAGGGACCCCAGUGGACCGACCAGUCCGAGUCUACGCUGACGGCAUCUUUGACCUGUUCCACUCCGGCCAUGCUCGCGCACUCAUGCAGGCCAAGAACCUUUUUCCAAACACCUACCUCAUAGUGGGAGUGUGCAGCGAUGAGCUCACCCACAAGUACAAGGGCUUCACCGUCAUGACCGAAACUGAACGUUACGAAGCGCUGAGACACUGCCGCUACGUCGACGAGAUCUUAAGAGAUGCACCGUGGACGCUUACGCCUGAAUUUCUCGAAAAACACAAGAUCGAUUUUGUGGCUCAUGAUGAUAUCCCAUACUCCUCAGCAGGAAGUGAGGACGUGUACAAACAUAUCAAGGAGGCCGGGAUGUUUGUCCCGACACAGCGAACAGAGGGAAUCUCCACCUCCGACAUCAUCACCAGAAUCGUAAGAGACUAUGACGUUUAUGCUCGGCGAAAUCUCCAGCGAGGCUACACAGCCAAGGAGCUCAACGUCAGUUACAUCAACGAGAAGAAAUAUCGACUCCAGAACCAAGUGGACAGGAUGAAGGAGAAGGUCCGAACAGUGGAGGAGAAGAGCAAACAUUUUGUGUAUCGAGUGGAGGAGAAGAGUCAUGACCUCAUUCAGAAGUGGGAGGAGAAGUCCAGAGAGUUUAUUGGGAACUUCCUCGAGCUUUUUGGCCCCGACGGAACGUGGAAACAAGUGUUCCAGGAACGCAGCGGACGCAUGUUGUCCUACGCCCUGUCUCCCAGAGACUCCCCCUGCAACAGCCCCCCCAGAGAACUGUCCCCCCUGCGCUCACCCUCGCCCCCAUCCCCACCCACCCGCUGGCACAGCGCGCGGCCCUCACCCCCAACCUCCCCUAAAGGAGCAUCCGCUUCGAUUAGCAGCAUGAGUGAAGGUGAUGAAGACGAGAAGUAGUGCACACACACACACACACACACAAACGAGAAGUGUCUCAAUACACACACUCAGCUUCUAAAAACACACUGGACACUGAAACCAUAAUUCUUACCGGGAGCCGCCGAGGCAGACGGUGACUGCUGUUUCUUGCUCUGUGCUGCUGAGAGAUGAAGCCAUCAUUGUCUCUGUUGUCCUGGCAACCAGACAGGCAGGAGAGAAGGAGGACCAAGGGUCAUGAACCAAGAGGAUCAUCCUCAGUGGUGGGGAGUAUUCUAACAAUCCAGACUGCCCUCUAUCCAACUCCUGGUCCCUCCAUUUUGGUUUCCCUCUAAUUUUAUACAAUUCAACAGUUUCUUUUGAAUGAUUUCCACUUCACUCGUCCACUGUGCCCACAAGGUACACAAAUGCAUCUUAGUUGUAGUCACCUCUACAAUUCCACUAUUAAAAACUGACUUAUUUAUGAUGUUGAUUUACAAAUAAAUGGAUGUAUAAGGGAAACCGAGAUGAUGCCAAUCUAACCUUCAAUCAGCAAUCUCACCGUCCACCAAACUCAUGAAAGCCUUGGGAACUUGCAUCAUUUCAGUUUUCGUUUUGUCAUCUGUAGCAAGCGUUCUUUAACUAUUCCUCAUGUAUUUGUCAGUCAACACUUGAAAAGACAUGACUCAUGGACAGAGAUAGCAUGAGACAGCAGAGCCUUUAGAUCUAAAUAAGUAACCAGAGCGAUAAAGUUACAGACUCAGCGAAACGUGGCGUACACGCUGAAUGUUGAAAAUGCAUAUGUGUUUAACUGAAUUGGAAAAUUGUUGCAGUGCAUUAUGACCUUUUUUUUCACAGUUGGCUCUCAAUAGUAGAAAUAUGAAAUGGUGCCGCAGGCACAUUGACCUUGACGUUUUAGAUAAGGGAACAUAUAUGACCAUAAAUAAUCCUUCAUAUGUGCAUUAGCUGCACAUAAGCCAGUUAUUAUUCAUUACAAAGUACUGAUGAACAUCUUGUUAAGCCUGACUGUACUUUACCCUGCAAUGAUCCUAUAUGUCCAUCAAGAGAGCUGUGUGAUGUCAACAGAACUGCCACCACUAUGAGUCCAUAAUGCACUGCAACAGAAGCACCAAUGGCUGAAAUACGGAUGUGACAUACGGGUUGGCUGGGAAACGACAAUUGAUAUAAAACACAUAGAAAAUGUAAUCGCUAUAAAGCAGUGAUGAUAGACCACAUAAAUUGUAGGCACCUUACAUUUGGAAUGACAAAUAAAGAAAUGAGUGAAACCUCACUCAGUCUUAGGUUGUGAAAACAAGCUAUUUAACAGACAGAAAAUUGACACAAAUACGAGCCCUGGUUUUCCAUUGCAAGCUCAUUGAGUGCCUAAAGGUGACGGCCCAGGCUGACUUUACGUUUCUGCUUCCCUCCUGCGACGUCAUUCUUCUUAUUGCUGGCUGCAAAUAAUGAGUGUACUUGAAAUGAAGCGCUCAACAUGAAUGUAGACUACAGUGAAACCCACGCAGUCACAACUUCAGCCUCACAUCCAGGGGAAAUUUUUGACUCAGCUAAUAGAGCAUGGAGGACUUGCGUCUGGAGAUCAGACAUCCACGUCUCUGGGAACAAAUCUUCCAUUCAAGGCAAUAACAUGCAGGUUGCACAAAAAGCACCUUUUAGAAUGGCAAAAAAAACGCUCAUCUUUAAAUGCUUUAAUUCAACCUCAGAAACCCACAGCUGGAAACAUGUGAUUGUGAAGGAUUCCAGAACAGCAAUGAGGAGUUUCAAGUAAGGUGGUUGCAAUUUGGGAUCUCCUGAGAGUAAUGGGUCUUAAUUUGAGAGCAGAUGUGGUUCGAGCGUGCAGAUCCUUAUCAUCAAAGCGACGCCACAAACUAUACAACUCCUCACGGUCACCAGAGGAACCGUGUGGGCUCGCUUUCAACCCAAAUCUGAUGUGUUCGCUGGAGACGACUCCGUUACUUGAAAUCUGAGAUGAUCUAUCAGGUCUUCAAAAGAUGAAGCUCCUCUACAACUGUGGACAUUUUCGCUUCUCAGGCUGGAGUUGAUCACUUCCAACCCAAUAAUACGACACUGUAAUGCAAUGUAGAGACCUUUAACCUCUUGUACAAACAUGUUACUCUGCACUACGUGUACAAACUCUGUGUCUUGUCAUUUCUGGAUUUUAAAAUGGAUGACUUUGGAUGUGUAAAUACAUGUUGAAGAAAGGGA